AUGGGAGUUCCUGCUUUCUGGGACAUAAUAAAGGGCCACAGUAGCAUAAGAAGAAUUCCGUUUAAGCAGUUCGUGAUAGACCACAGAACUACACAUGGGAAAUCACCCAGGUUGGCCAUCGAUGCUUUUGCGUGGCUCUUCGAGUGUGGGUUUAUUUUAGGAGAGAAUGAGAAUUUAAAUGAGAAAGGAUACAAAACUGAUGCACUUGCUAUUGUAACGCUACUGAAGCGAAUAAACCUCCUGCUGUCUCUCGAUGUGACUUUUAUAUUAGUAUUUGAUGGUCCCAUGAAACCGGAUUUUAAGAACAGAUCAAAAUUGAAAACUAGAAUUGCCACUGAAGAGGAAGAUGCACCUAUCAAAGAAGGCUUCCUAACAUCAUGCAAUCAGCAUUUGAAGCAACACGAGUCAGGAGUCCCGUGCUCCUCUGCAACAUAUGAAGCUGAAGGACAGGACGGAGUAAGUGUCGCGAAAAGACUACUAAGUGCAUUAAAUAUCUCUUGGAUUGAUGCUUGUGGUGAGGGCGAAGCGGAAUGUGCAAGACUGCAAGUGCGCCAUUUGGUGGACUACGUGGUUUCCAAUGACUCAGACGCAUUCGUUUUUGGAGCCAACAAAGUACUCAGAAAUAUGUCAAAGUUCUGGGAGGAUUUACCAGCAUCCUACGGAAGUCCAAUGAAGAAGAAAGAUCACAAAGAAAUCUUUGUUACUGUGGUAGAUAUUGGCAAAAUAACAGGCUGGAAUCAAGAUCAAAUUGUGCUAUACUAUGUUCUUUUAGGAGCGGAUUACAGCCAGGGCGUUCGGGGGCUAGGUUCUAAGAAAUCGGCAAUAUUAGCACAGCUUAAAGAACCCGAUUUAGCACUUCAACUCAUGACUAUUUUUUCAAAACAAACUUCAUGUCCAGAAAUUAUACGGGAGCGUUAUUUGAAAUUCCAGCGACAGGUCUUUGAAAUCUGUCAAAGCCAAAGUAAAGUGUUAUUCGGAAGGCGUUACUUCUCAUCUUCCGGGGUGGAAGCAUUUCAAGGGUGGCCAUCUGAACUGGCGAUUAUGCACUACCUUUACCCAGUACUAUCACCUGAAGUUAAUACGCAAAAACUUAUAGGCAAUUACGCGAAUGUCAGUGGCAGCCUCAAGGUUGAUGCGCAUAAUUUUCGAGACCUCUUCCAACUUUUACGUGAUUUCGAACUAAAGCGUAUAACGAAUCUCAGAAGUUGGUUUCACGAAAUGUCGCACACUACGUUCAUGCUCAAAGAGCUUCUGUAUAAUGUUCGAACACAUGAAGAGCAGACAAAGAGUAUGAAAAUCACUGAUGAAUGGAGCGCGAACGUUUGCCACGAUAAAUUUCGUAUUGAAUACUGGCGAGUUCGUUAUAAUAGUUUUUUGACUGGGGUAGAGGAGCCCAAAGCGGUUGAAGAAAGUGAAUCAAGUGGAGACGGCAUUGAUGUGCUCAUCAAAGGAGGUCAUGACAAAGUCACCAGUCUCACGAGAAAGCAGCUAGAACGAACAGCACAUAAGUACAUGACUUCCAUUCCCAAAGCAUUGGUUCCAGACUCUCACAUUUUAGUGAUGAAUUACCGCUUGGAAAAGCGUAAAGUGUGGGAAAGGAGCCCUUCUAAGAAGCAGAAAUCAUCUCGAAAAUCUUCUCCGCAAAAGAAUACUCUUGAUGAUUUUCUGAAGAGCCACGCUUCGCCUAAAAAGAAUGAGGAAGCUGUGUCGAUUAGUACCGAUGUGCUGCCCACGAGACGCAAGCUUUUUGUAGACGACGUUUCUGAUUGUGGCGAAUCCACUUUUUCGCAAUUAGCAGAUUCCAGCUCUCUGAUCCUUGUGUCAGAAAAAGAUUGCGAAAGUAGUGGGUUGCAUGCAUCUCCGAAGAGAAAUUUAGAUGUACUUUUUGACCACCAAGAUGUAGAUUCAGAUACAGAAGCCGCGAAAUCACCAAUGAAAAGACGUACCAUCUCUGGUAUUCACGAAACGACAUCACUACGUGCCCCUCGACUGUUACCGGAUAACUACGUCGAUUUAACAAUUGAUAAUGAGACAUGA